AUGUCCAUCGCCGUCGAAGUUUCUCCGGUAAUGGAAGAGAUACCACGGCGGAGCAAGAAGAGUAUUUCCGUCGAGAAUGAAACCGGAGACGAGUCAGCAUCGGUAGACCUUAAAGCUAAACGCAAACGCCGAUCACAACCGCGAGAGGCUCCUCCACAACGCAGCUCCGUGCAUCGAGGCGUUACCAGGCAUAGAUGGACUGGAAGGUACGAAGCACAUUUGUGGGAUAAGAAUAGUUGGAACGAGACACAGAGCAAGAAAGGAAGACAAGGGGCAUAUGACGAAGAAGAUGCAGCAGCACGUGCCUACGACUUAGCAGCAUUGAAAUAUUGGGGUCGAGACACCAUCUUGAAUUUCCCUUUGUGUAAAUAUGAAGAAGACAUCAAAGAAAUGGAAAGCCAGUCGAAGGAAGAGUACAUUGGAUCUUUGAGAAGGAAAAGUAGUGGGUUUUCACGUGGUGUAUCAAAAUACAGAGGCGUUGCAAAGCAUCACCAUAAUGGGAGAUGGGAAGCUCGAAUUGGAAGAGUGUUUGGCAACAAGUAUUUAUAUCUAGGAACUUAUGCAACACAAGAAGAAGCGGCCAUUGCGUAUGACGUGGCAGCAAUCGAGUACCGUGGACUUAACGCCGUUACUAACUUCGAUAUCAGCCGUUAUCUGAAGUUACCGGCGCCGGAGAACCCUAAUGACGCCGCCGCGAAUCUUCUCCCGGAGAUUCCACAGUCUGAUCCCAACCCGUUUAUAAACCCAAACCACGAGUCGGAGUUAUGGCAAAGUCAAUCUUCCUCAGACGAAAACGAUGAUCGGAAAUCAAAGUUUUUAAAGUCUUCACCUUUGAAUGCAGAGGAAGUAAUCGGACCAUCAACACCACCGGAGAUUGUUCCACCUCGCCGGAGCUUCCCGGCCGAUAUCCAAACGUAUUUCGGGUGUCAAGACUCCGGCAAGUUAACGACGGAGGAAGACGUCAUCUUUGGUGAUUUAGAUUCUUUCUUAACUCCUGGUUUCUACAGCGAGUUGAAUGAUUGCUAA